AUUCCACUAAAUCGGAAUAAUUUGCCAAAUGUAGCCAUUUCAGCCAUCUUUAAUGUUUUAAUUGCUGUUAGAAUCAUUACAGGAAAUAUAUUCUGUGAAAUUGCCUGGAAAUCCAAAGCUUGGUGAAGGGAAACCUGAAAAUCAAAAUCAUGCUAUUAUAUUUACACGUGGAAAUGCAAUACAGACCAUUGAUAUGAAUCAGGAUAAUUACUUUGAGGAGGCUUUGAAGGUGAGAAAUCUUCUUGAAGAAUUUUACCGUGACCAUGGAGUUCGCCCCCCUACUAUUCUUGGUGUUAGGGAGCAUGUGUUUACUGGAAGUGGCACUUCGAUCAUAGACAUCUGCAGACGGCAUCUAAAGAGUGAUAGAAGUAGGUAAAGUCAUCAUGCAUGCAACUAUAAACCGUUGUUUCUAAACAUGUUGGAAGGAAUGAGCAAGUAGGGAACUGCCCAAGACUGCAUUUCGGGCUUAAAUUCAUUUG